UUUUGCUGCGUUAUCUCAAUGCAUGAUGGAGUAGUUUUGUUUACAUCACCAACAGUGACAAAUAGUUUGGGAUUUCCCAAAGAUAUGUGGUUGGGUCGAACUUUUAUGGAUUUUAUGCAUCAAAAAGAUAGAGAAACUUUUACAGCUCAUAUCAAGGAAUCACUUUUAACCCAUAAUAAUGGUAAUGUGGAAAACAAAAGCAGUUUAUUCCUGCUACUUCGAAUUUAUCGAGGAAUGCGAAAUUCUAGUUGUGGAAUGACUGAAAAUAUUGUCAAUUAUCGUCCAUUCGAAUUGAAACUUUCAUUCAGAGAAGCUAUGAGCAAGGAACAAAUGCCACCAGACACAUUGAGUCCUGCAGAUAGUGGUCUUUUACUGGUCAUGACAGCGACACCUGUACAUUCUGCAUAUGCUUUACCUAAUGAAACCAAGAAAGACGUUCGGUUCUCCACCCGACAUACUUGCAAUGGUGCAUUAAGCCACGUUGAUGGCAGUGCUGUUUCUGCAUGCGGAUUUUUGCCUCAAGAUAUGAUCGGAAGAAACGUUUUCGAAUUCUAUCACCCUGAAGAUUUGCCAUUGCUUCAAGAAAUAUAUCAAGAAGUUGUUGAGAAGGGCAGAGCUGUGGGUACAUCAUUCAGAAGCAAACCCUACAGAUUUCUAGUUCAAAAUGGUGGUUAUGCAACGGUAGAAACAGAAUGGUCUAGUUUUGUCAACCCUUGGUCAAGGAAGCUUGAAAUAGUUACAGGACUGCACAGAGUUUUAAAGGGUCCACCAACACCAAAUGUUUUUGCAGAAGCACAAAGUAAUCCAACAAGCUGCAUCUCUGAAGAAGUUUUGAAAGAGAGUAAACUAAUUCAACAAGAAAUUCUUCAAUUGUUAAAAGAGGUGAUUCGACGACCUGCUGAACAUGUUAAGCGCCAAUUUUAUAAACGUUGUCAAGCACUGGCUUCGUAUAUGGAAAAUUUAAUAGAUGACGUAGCUCAACCAACGUCCAAGGAAAUUUUGCCUCUCAAAGUUGAACCAACGUUUUCAGAACGCGAUUCGGUUAUGUUGGGCGAAAUAUCACCACAUCACGAGUCUUAUGACAGUAAAAGCAGUUUUGAAACACCUCCCAGUUAUAAUCAAUUGAACUAUAAUGAAAAUAUACAAAGGUUCUUUGAAAGUAAACCAAAAACGUCAUUUGACGAGGCGACUACCGGUAAUAGUCACACUGACACAGAUUUGGAAGGAAAGCAGGAUUCACAAGAUGGUGGAAGUGGUAGCAAUGGAAGUGGCAGUGGAAAUAUAAGCUCUGGAAGCAAUGGUGGUGGAGCAAACACUCAUCCUCAUGGAAGUGUGACAACAAGUGGAGGAGAAGCUUCGCGAACUGGUUCAGGAUCAGGAAAUGGGUCGAGUGUCAAUAGGCCACCUCAGCUAACUAAAGCUAUGCUUGCUCGUCAUAACGAAGAUAUGGCUAAAAUCAUGGUCCGGAAACACAGGGAAGCUAGAGGUUCCAGAGCUCAUGAACGCAAGAGUGGUCACAGAAAAGGCGGCGAUAAAAACAAACAAAAUAAGGGUCAAGGACUAAAACGUAGUGGGUCUCAUUCCUGGGAAGCAGAAUUUCACAAUAAAACAGUGAAGCAAAGUCACUUGCCAUCAGUUCCUACAUCUGGUCCCAUGAUGAUGCAACAUAUUAUAAAAACAUCAUCACCUCUCCAUGCCGGUAUACCAACUUCCUUCACUGGUCUGCAACCUAAUAUUGCAAAUGGUUUCCGAGUUCCAGAUCUACAACAUGAUUUAAGACGCACAAUGCCUUCAUCAAUACUUCACCCAGGACUCCAAAAUAUACCAAGGCCUGUGUUAGCUCCUGAUUUGCAGCACCCAAUAAUACAACCAAUCGUUCCUCCAAACAUACAACAAAAUAAUAGAGGAGUCAUCAACAGUAAUAACUUUAUAUCAGAAGGAAUGUUUGCUCCUAGAAAUCAUAAUGGUCAGUGGCAGCCUUUCAAUGUACCUCUGGCUCCGCAAAACGGACAAGGACCUAGAACUGCAGGUCCAGCAGUUAUUGAAAAUAGUCCACAAAUCGCACCAAACAUGUUUCCGCAAGUGUGCUACAUUCCAACACCGCAGCAAGCGCCAAGGCCAAGUAUUCAGCAACACAGCCCUACAAUAUCACCAUUUGUUCAAUAUUUACCAGGCAUGGUAUAUACCCCGCAUCCUAUAUUCGGACAGCCAAUGCUGUAUCCGCCAUUUACAGUUUACCAUCCAAUGCAAAUUCCUAAUCAAGGAACUUCAGGGCAAAUGCAACAGCAUUAUAACAAUAUUCCGCCGGACAAGCCGACUGGCGCUUUCAAGGGCGGCGGAGGGGCUAGCGCGCGCAACGAAGGAGUGCGUAGCCCUAAAGUCGUCCGUCCACCCUCCCAAGCGACAUCGGUCAAAGCCGAACCCGGUUCCAACGUUGGCAGUAUUGCAUCCGCAUCUGUCGUCAAUCGAGCGCUAUCAGAGUGUUCUAAACGAGCUUUUCCAUCAGCUUAUUCACCGGAUUCUCCUAUAAUUUCAGUCCAUGAAGUGGAUAUAAGCAGCAGAUCUCCGAGCAAGGAAAGAUAUACGAAAGAAGGAGAAGAUGGCAGCUAUUCAUCAUACUAUUCAUCCAUAUUCAAAACUGAUAAUACAUCGAUGGAAGAUAAUGAUGGUAACGGCAAUGCCAAACGAGAAAAGAGUUCCGAUGAUCUUCGACACGAAACACAUGAAAGGGAUUUUAACGAUUUGGGAUAUAAUUGUAAUAGAACUCUAACAUCAGAAAUGAAAAAUAUUGAUCUUAACUCUGACAUGAUUAAUAAAUAUCAAAUAUCAAGAGAUAAAAUAGAAAAUAUUCUGAAACAAGAUAAAUAUACACUGAAAAACAUCACACAGCCAAACGAGGUGAACGAUCAAUUACUAAGAUUGUAUAUGGAAUUAGAUCUGAAAGGUGAUACAACAGAAUUUAUAGUUGAUGAAGCCUCAAAUUGUAGCCUUCUUUCCAAGGAGGAGAAUACAUACAAAACUAAACAAAUGGUUGCAUGGUGUGCAUUUUGGUUAUCAAUGAACCAAUGGGAUCGUUAUUCUGAUUCUCCAACUGUAGUUGCACUUGAGAAAAAUUAUCGAGACUGGCAUGCCACUUUAGCAGCAAUUAGCGGCUGCUAUCACAACAAAAUGGAUGAAAAACUGGCUGAAAAUUUAGUGCAGAGAGUUUGGGACAAAAGUGGUGAUGAAGCUAAAUACUUCAUUAAUUAUGUGAAAACGGUAACAAACUCUACUUUUGAAAAUUUGAAACAGUUUCAGAAAUAUAGUACUGACACUAAACUAAAUGCCAUUAGUAUGCUUGACAUAGUAAAAGAGGUUCAUCCAAAAAUAGUUCCGCACAUUACAGUUUUUGAUCCUGAAUUGAACGUUACCUGGAAUGAAGUCGUAACAGAACUAGGUGUGUGUUUCACUUUCAACUCUGUAUUCAGCAUUAUACAAAGCGGAAAGAAGUUUCAGAACACGUUUGACAUCAAUAAAAAGCCAACUAGCUGCAGUUUCGGGAAUCAACUAUGCUAUAUCAGAAUUGACAUUGAAUUAGGCGACAUAAAGUUGCAUGUUCACUCGCCCUAUGAGAUGCUGUCUGGUACGAGUGUCGGAACCAAAAGUUUGCAAAUUGAUAACGACUUCACAAUGGUGCUGAAAGUUUUAGAAACUGGAGCUGCCCAAGAUAUUCGCAAAGUAACACCACAACAAAGGAGAUGCUACUUUCCUGAUGAACCAGCAAAUAAACAUGUAACGGUCUACAGUGCAAGUAUAUGCCAAAUGCAAUGCAGACUUCGCUUAGCUUUGCGUUUAUGCGGAUGUCGACCAUUCUUUUAUCAUUUUAUAGAUGAAGGACCAAUAUGCGAUGUUGCCGGAAUGGGUUGCCUUUCCCGCACCAGUUGGCCAAAAGAAGAAAAAAAGAGUGGUUCCAAUAGUACUGCCGAAAAUCAUUGCGCCUGUUUUCGACCAUGUACUGAACUGACAUAUAAUAUUCAAUCACAAAAAAUGACCAGUUGGACUGUGGAUACAGAGAUUCCAUUUGUUCAACGAGUUUCAUUCCGAUGGGAAUUAUUACCACCAAAAUUAAGACUUAGGAGGGAUGUCUUGUUCAGCUUUGAGGAUUUAGUAGUCUCUUUGGGUGGUGCUGCUGGUCUGUUACUCGGUGGAAGUUUCCUCAGUUUUGCAGAAAUUGUGUCAUUAAACACAAUAUCUACUUAA